AUGUCUGGGUUUCGUAAGGACAUGCCCGCGUGUCUGAAGCUCUACCUAACCUCCAUACGGUGUUCGUCACGCAGCGAAACGAAGUCCAAGGGUGCCACAGAUCAAGAACUAACCGGCCAGGAAAUCAAGGGUAAACGAAAGAAAUCCCCAGAGGUGGUGCCAGUCAGGAGCAAGAUCAGGAGGAGUGAGAGAUCACCUGACGUGGCGUCAGGCAGAAGCAUGAGGAUAGGUGGAAAGAGAAAAUCCAAAAAGCGGCAUCUAGGCCAGACCAGCAACAGUGCCCCCUCGGUAAAACGACCAAAGAAAGGCUAUCGCAGCAGGCAUCCCUGUGCUCAUCUCUAACGAGUCCGGCUUGGCAGACAUGGUCAAGGACUUGAUCAAGGACAAGAAGUGCCCUACAGAUAUGAGGGACAGGAUCGUGGAAACAAGUAUGAGGGAGUCCGUACUAAUUAGAACUGCAAAAAAAUGGGCAGAGAGGAUCGUGAAUAUGUUGAAGUUCUUAGAGUCUGAAUUCCGGAAAGCAGCGGAGAUCAAGAAGGCGCUCUUCGCAUCCCGGUACUGGGAAGAGUCGCACCAAAACUUGCUGCGUGUCUGUGGGUUGAUUGAUUGUCAAUGAAUAACUUUAAAUAUCAAUAGACAACAAUGUCAAUGUUUUGCUGGUUAGCUUGGAGGCAUCACUGUAGUCAUAUGCUCAGUCACUGCACAGACUUGCAGGCUAGCUAAAGGACUUGAUACUAAGUUGAAAGAGCACUUCAAAUUUACGAUCCUGGUCACAUAUGCAAAGCAGGCAAACAAGAUCUUAUGCCAAUAUGUGCUUUUUACAACUGAAUCCAAAGUUGAGCAUUUCUAAGCAGCACUUGGGUAGUAGGCAGGUUCGAGUGUGUGUG